CCCCCUUUUUCCAUCUCUAUCUCUUUCUCAUUGGGUUGUGUGCUUCGCUGUGUGUGUAUGGUUUUUUGGGGGUCAAUCUCUGGCUUUGAUUAUUAUAUGGAGGAAAGAGGGUGAACGUGCUCUUCUUUGUCCUUAAGCAAGCACUAGUUUCACGCCUACUCAGCAUGAUUAUUGAUUAGAGUUCUCUUCCAUUUUUUUAUUCUGAUCCUUAAGUCCCAAAACUCUGUUGAAACACACAAAUAUUGGCUGUUGGGGAAGGGGAAGGUGGUUCUUUGGAAUUUGAGCUUCUUUUUUUUUUUUUUUAUACAUCUUUUGAGACUCAUGCUUGUCUCUCAAUUAUUCUUCUUUUAAAUCCUGGGUCUUUUGGUUUGAAUUUUUUCCAUUUCCUUUUCUUUUUCUUUUUUGGGUGGUGAUUUUUUGCAAUAGGCUUAGCUUCUUUCUUUAAUAAGAGAUAAAAUAAAGAAAAGAAUUUGUCCAACUGGUCAAUCAUUCAUUGUGCUAGUUUGCUUUUGGUUCUUCUUUCUGAGUUUUGAAUCGCGCAAAACAAUGCUGCAAUGAUGCCGUACAUGGAGUUUUGUUUCUGUGACCUUUUUCUUCCAACCAUCAGAGAAAAGUAUGAUGAAUCGGGCAGAAAGAUAGGGAGGGGCAGAGAGAAAUUGUUGGUGAUGGGUCUUGGUUUGAAGAUGAAGAGCCUGAGGCACCACCCCAUGGCCUUGAAGUUACAUGAGCAAGCGGGGAGCAUAAGAAAGUACACUUUCAUUCAGGCACAUAGGGCAUGGCUGCCCAAGUUUUUGAUGCUGUGGAUCCUUCUCAUGGCUCUAAUUGGCUGUUUCAUCUAUAGUAAAAUGGAUGCUGACACUAAGGUUAGAAGGAAAGAGGUGCUGGGUAGCCUCUGUGAUCAAAGGGCAAGAAUGCUGCAAGAUCAAUUCAGUGUCAGUGUCAACCAUGUCCAUGCCCUUGCCAUCCUUGUUUCAACCUUCCAUUACUACAGAACCCCUUCUGCCAUUGACCAGGAAACCUUUGCAGAGUAUACAGCCCGGACAGCAUUUGAACGACCAUUACUCAGUGGGGUGGCCUAUGCACAAAGAGUAGUUAACUCAGAGAGGGGAACAUUUGAGAAGCAACAUGGAUGGGUUAUAAAGACAAUGGAAAGAGAGCCUUCACUGGUUAGAGAUGAGUAUGCACCGGUGAUAUUUGCGCAAGAAACACUCUCUUACCUCGAAUCUCUUGAUAUGAUGUCCGGGGAGGAGGACCGAGAGAAUAUUUUGAGGGCUAGGGCCACUGGGAAAGCUGUUCUCACUAGUCCUUUCAAUCUGUUGGGUUCUCAUCAUCUUGGUGUGGUUUUAACAUUUCCUGUUUAUAAAUCUAAGCUCCCUCCAAAGCCGACAAUGGAAGAGCGCAUUAAAGCAACUGCAGGAUAUGUUGGAGGAUCCUUUGAUGUUGAGUCCCUCGUGGAGAAUUUACUUGGUCAACUUGCUGGUCACCAAGCAAUUUUGGUGAACGUAUAUGAUAUCACAAAUUCUACUAACCCCUUAAUCAUGUAUGGCAACCAAAACGAAGAAGGUGAUAUGUCUCUUGUCCAUGAAAGUAAGCUUGAUUUUGGAGAUCCAUACAGGAACCAUACAAUGAUAUGUAGGUAUCACCAGAAGGCACCAACAAAUUGGAUAGCACUUACCACGGCAUUCUUAUUCUUUGUGAUUCUUUUAUUAGUGGGUUAUAUUUUAUAUGGUGCUGGAAAUCACAUUGUCAAAGUAGAGGAUGAUUUUCAUCAAAUGGAGGAAUUAAAAGUCCGAGCAGAAGCAGCUGAUGUUGCCAAGUCACAGUUUCUAGCUACUGUCUCUCAUGAAAUCAGAACACCCAUGAAUGGCAUUCUAGGAAUGCUUGGUCUGCUUCUAAAGACAGAAUUGAGUUCAACUCAACGAGAUUAUGCCCAGACUGCUCAAGCAUGUGGGAAGGCUCUGAUAGCCUUAAUAAAUGAGGUACUUGACCGGGCUAAAAUUGAAGCUGGCAAGUUAGAGCUGGAAGCAGUUCCAUUUGACAUUCGUUCCAUACUUGAUGAUGUCCUUUCUCUUUUUUCUGAGAAGUCCAGGAACAAAGGUUUAGAGCUGGCGGUGUUUGUUUCUGAUAAAGUUCCAGAUAUUGUUAUGGGAGAUCCUGGGAGAUUCAGACAAAUAGUAACAAAUCUUGUUGGCAACUCUGUUAAAUUCACUGAGCGAGGACAUAUAUUUGUGAAAGUCCAUCUAUCUGAAAAUAGUAUGUCCACAAUGAAUGGAAAAACUGAGAAAUUUAUAAACAGAGGAUCAGGCGAACCUGUGCAUAUGUCUGGUGCUUAUAAUUCCAAAACUUUAAGUGGAUAUGAAGCAGCUGAUGAGCGGAACAGCUGGGACAAUUUUAAGCAUCUAAUUGCUGAUGAAGAAUUUUUCUUUGAUGCUUCUGUUAAAAAGGCAGCCAGUGAAUCUUAUGAGCAAGUCACCUUGAUGGUCAGUGUGGAGGACACUGGAAUUGGAAUUCCUUUCUCAGCCCAAGAUAGGAUUUUCAUGCCUUUUGUGCAGGCAGACAGCUCAACCUCUCGACAUUAUGGUGGUACUGGCAUUGGCUUGAGUAUCAGUAAAUGCCUGGUUGAACUAAUGGGUGGUGAGAUAAGUUUCAUAAGCCAACUGCAGGUUGGCAGCACAUUUUCAUUUACUGCAGGUUUUGGAACGAUUGAGAAAAAUGCAAUAACUGACAUGAAGAAACAUAAUUUGGAAGAUCUGCCUUCCAAUUUUAGAGGGCUUAAAGCCAUAGUGGUUGAUGGAAAACCUGUUAGAGCAGCAGUGACUAGAUACCAUCUGAAGAGACUAGGGAUACAAGCUAAAGUUGCAAAUAGCAUCAAUAAGGCUGUUUCUUUAUGUGGGAAAAAUGGUUCUUUGACCUCGGGAUUAUUUCAGCCCGAUAUUAUUUUUGUUGAGAAAGAUUCAUGGGUUUGUGGAGAGGACGAGAUCUUCAAUGUGUGGCAACUGGACUGGAAACAAAAUGGGCAUAUGUUUAAGAUACCUCAAAUGAUCCUUCUUGCGACCAACAUCGGUAAUGCUGAAUUUGAUAAAGCUAAAGCUGCAGGUUUCAGUGAUACUGUGAUCAUGAAGCCUCUAAGAGCUAGCAUGGUGGCUGCUUGUCUUCAGCAAGUUCUUGGAACAGGGAAGAAGAGGCAGCAUGGGAAAGACAUGAAGCCUAAUGGUUCCACUUUGGUACGAAGCCUUCUUUGUGGGAAAAAAAUCUUAGUGGUUGAUGACAAUGUGGUAAACCGGAGGGUCGCUGCAGGUGCAUUAAAAAAUUUUGGAGCUGAUGUGACGUGUGCAGAAAGUGGCAAAACUGCUCUUGAAAUGCUGCAGUUGCCUCACAAUUUUGAUGCUUGCUUCAUGGAUAUUCAAAUGCCAGAAAUGGACGGGUUUCAAGCAACUCAGCGAAUUCGGAUGAUGGAGACAAAGGCAAAUGAGCAGCAGAUGAAUGGUGAAGGAAAUGGGUGGAAAGACAAGUACCAUAUACCUAUAUUGGCCAUGACAGCUGAUGUAAUUCACGCCACAUAUGAUGAGUGCGUGAAAUAUGGGAUGGAUGGAUACGUCUCAAAGCCUUUUGAGGAAGAAAAUCUGUAUCAAGCAGUUGCAAAGUUUUUCAACCCCAAGCCUACCACAGACAACAGCCUAAUAGAAAAUGGCAGAACUUGAAAAGCAACUUAAUGUUUAAUGAAAGACACUUACUUUCACUACUGGCAUUUUUUCGUAGUUUGCUGGUAAUUUGAAUGUGCUUUAAUCAGUUGGUUUUUGAAGAUAUCUGAGGAUAUGCAUACAACAGGCAUAUGCAGUGAUCAUUUCUAACCACCAGCUGAACAUGAUUUCAAUCUGAGUAAAUGUAUACCACUACCCUCAACUUGUGUACAGAUUCUCCCCACGGGAUGAGGAAAAUCAUGUAAAUUCAAUAUAUUUUUUUUUCCUUUCUUUUGCAUCUCCCGAUACUUCCCUAUGAUUAGGGUUUCACUAUUAUUAUUUUUUUUUUCUCUGUAAAAUUUUCUCGUAUAGGAUUUUGGUAGUCACUAUAUUCAGAAGAAAAGGGUUGGUUGGUGCUAAUAAUGCCUAGAUCGCAUUGGCUGCCA